GCGGGGCUCGCCCCAGGGGAGCGAGCCUGUGGCCGCAGCGCCGGCUGCCCGUGCCCGGGCGGCGCCGGGCUGGCCCUUCCCCAGGACCGUUUCUUUCCAGGCGAAUGGCGCUUGGCUGAGCGCAGCCGCCAGCACCGUGAACGUGUUGAGCUUAAAAAACUAGGGAAACGAGGUGGGCUUCAUUGUCAGAAACAGAAUAACUAAACUGAGAAGUUACAGCGGUUUGGAAAGUUUAGGUGGUGCAGUGUUAAAAGGCUUCUAGUUCUGCCGUGGGACGAGGAUGAGCUUUAGGCUUUAGUAGGAUAUUCGCUUGCUAUGUGUGAAAAGCGCUAAUCACUUAGUUUUUAAAAUUUUAAAAGUUUAAUAAUAAUAAAAUGGUUAUAAAAAUAGUAAUACAAUUAGAGUAAUAAAAAUUUAGAGUUAGGACAAUUACAAGACAAUAAAAAGCAAAUAAUUACGACGUCUGGAUGCUGUCAGACACUAAGUCACGAAAAGUAUACCUUGUGAACAAAGGAAUCACACUUAAAACAAUACACUUUUGCAUAUUUUUAUAUACUUCAUGGUUAUGCAUACAUUCUAUUUAAAACAAGAAACUCUACUGUUAUAUGUCAACUGUUUCCUUUAAUCCCCACAGCAUCUUCGAGUCUGAGGAAGGCCUGAAGAAAUUAGCUUCUUCUGAUAAGAGAUUCAUAAAUUCCUCUUCUCUGGAAGAUUUAGGUGUUCUGGGACUGUUAUCUCGAAGCGAGUAUCUCACUCCUGUAAAAAACCCCACAUACAUAGUUUCUAUUUUAACAUUAUGUUAUAACCUAAAACUACAUUUAACACACUAUUUGAGAGAAUUAAUACAGCAUAACUUUCUAACAUUACACAUAUAAUAUUCAUUUUAAUAUUUGUGAAAAGCCAAUCAUAAAAUACGCAUUUUUCACACUAAGUGUUACUCAUUUCCAAAUUGAAGUGCUUGUUUUAAAGCUUGUUUGGCCAUUAUUUGUAUAUAGAAUCAUUUAGUCUAAGAUCAUCAAUCAUAUAUCUUUUAUUAUAUGGUUUAUGCAUAUUGAUCAAAUUCUGUGAAGGGCUUUUAAAAAAACCACAAACAUGAGGAAGCAUAGAUUUUCAUUUGAACUGUACCAAAUCAUUGAGUAAUUGGAUGCUAAAGAUCUUUAUGGUAACUUUGGUUCUAUUCUCAGUGUUUCACUCUAGUCCUCUGUCUCUUUAACACACACACACAAAAAAAAAAAAAAAAAAAAAAACCUACCAAAAAAACUACUAUAAACCUGUUUGUUUCAGGUGAGCAACUGAACCUGAAAUCACACUGUCAUAAUUCUUGAGCUACAUUGGAUUUUACAUUACAUUUGAAAAACUGCAAAAGUGAGUGUCAAAUAGGAGGUUUUUAAAAUACCAAAUUACAGAGCUUUGGGAACCACUCACAUGAGGGGAUGCAAGAUUUUAAGUCCCUGUCACAACCUCAGAAUGGAAACUGAGUCUUCAGUCUUAGGUCUAAAUCUCUUGACUGAAAGACUUGCUUAUUAAAUCUUAUUUGUUCUAUCACCAGGAUUUAGCAUUAACUGCUUAAAUAUUUACUUCUUAGUAUGUUCAAUUAUAAGUAUUUUCAAGUCUUAUUUUUCAUAAUACAUAUGUUUUUAACACAUAUUCUUAGAGGAUAUUUGUAAUAUUUGUUAGCUAUCUCUUUCAGAAAGCCCAAGUACAGUUUCUUGGUCUCUAGUCUCCACCAUUUACACAGUAUGCUUUUAAAAGAAGUUAUCCAUUAUUUAAAAGAAAUUGUUGGAAUUUACUCUGAUUUUUGGCUUACACUUAUAUGAUGUUGUUGAAGUCACAUGUUAAAAUAUAAUUCUCAACUUUUGUUGAUACCUUGAAGGAAUAAAUAUUAACACUUUGUUAAAUAAUGCCUGUGAAAAACUGAAAGGUGAAUGGAAUAUUUAUAUGAUUGUCAAAUAUUUACUUUGAAUUUGAACCAACAAAACAGGAGAACUGGCAGAAAAUGUCACCUGGAAAAGUUCUGCAACCUGCAGUGAAAAUGAAGGUGGAUGAACUCUUUUUGUGCUGGUUAAGUCAGCCUGCAACUCAGCUAAUACUGAAGGACUGCUUGAGAAGAAUCAAGAAUAAGGAGAAAACAGAGUUUGGUAAUGCAGAUUCAGGAAACAGUAAAAAUGAGAGCUUCACCAGUAAAAAUUCCAAUUCCAAGCAGUGCAUAUUAGGAAAUACCAGAUUGCCUUUGAUGUCUUUGAGUCCUCCUCAGCUUUCUACUACUCUUCCAUUGGCGACUCCAGCUAGCUCAAGGAACAUUUCCAAUGUUAGAGCAACACAUCGAUCCUCAGGGACCAAAGAAGUUCAAACAAAGAAGGAAGAAACUUUGCCACCAUCACAUAGUCAAAACAUUCCAACUUUUUAUUUUCCUCGAGGAUGUCCUAAGGAAAAAGUAAAUAUAGAUGCUGUGAUUGCCAAAAUUGAGCAGACUUUUUCUCAAUUUCCAAAUGAGAGGGCAACGUUAGAAGACAUGGGUAAGGUUGCAAAGGCUUGUGAAUGCCCACUCUACUGGAAAGGUCCUUUGUUUUAUUGUGCUGGAGGUGAACGAACAGGAUACGUGUCAGUUCAUAAAUUUGUUGCAAUGUGGCGGAAAGUACUUCAGACCUGCUAUGAUGAUGCUGCAAAGUUUGUUCACCUUCUAAUGAACCCUGGAUGUAACUACUUGGUGCAAGAAGACUUCAUUCCUUUUUUACAAGAUGUGGUGAAUAGUCAUCCAGGCCUUUCAUUUUUAAAAGAAGCAUCUGAAUUCCAUUCUCGGUAUAUUACAACAGUCAUACAGAGAAUAUUUUAUACAGUAAAUAGGUCCUGGUCAGGGAAAAUAACUUGUAAUGAGCUUAGGAAAAGCAACUUUUUGCAGAAUGUGGCAUUAUUGGAAGAGGAAGCUGAUAUUAACCAGCUGACAGAAUACUUCUCAUAUGAACACUUUUAUGUUAUCUAUUGCAAAUUUUGGGAGCUGGAUACAGACCAUGACCUCUAUAUUGAUCGGAAGGAUUUAGCUCGACAUAAUGAUUAUGCAAUUUCAAAUAGGAUGAUAGAGCGCAUCUUCUCAGGAGCAGUAACAAGAGGUAGAAAAGCACAAAAAGAUGGGAAGAUUAGCUAUGCUGAUUUUGUCUGGUUUUUGAUAUCUGAAGAGGACAAGAAAACACCAACUAGCAUUGAAUACUGGUUCCGCUGCAUGGAUCUUGAUGGGGAUGGUGCUUUGUCUAUGUAUGAAUUGGAAUAUUUUUAUGAAGAACAAUGCCAAAAAUUAGAUAACAUGGCCAUAGAACCUUUGCCCUUUGAAGACUGUCUGUGCCAGAUGCUGGACCUUGUAAAGCCACAACAUGAAGGAAAAAUUACUCUGCAUGAUUUAAAGCGAUGUAAGUUGACAAAUGUGUUCUUUGAUACUUUUUUCAACAUUGAAAAAUACCUUGACCAUGAACAGAAGGAUCAGUUUUCUAUGUUACGGGAUGGUGAAGGUGAAAGUCAAGAGGUCUCUGACUGGGAGAAAUACGCUGCUGAAGAGUAUGAUAUCUUGGUAGCAGAAGAGGCAGCAAGUGACCAGUGGAAUGACGGGUAUGAAGCAGAACUGAAUCCUGUAGACCAUCAGAAGGCCAGUGUUCUAAAGUAUCAAAUGGAGAAAAGACCAUUUUUUGAAAUGCCUUCCCAUCUGGCUGAUGUAGACUUGGAUGAAUAUGACUAUGAUGAGGAUUUUGAAUAGAGGUUACUCAUGGUCAGCACUUGCAGAAGAGAAGGGACAGUCUGCAGCAGGUCUGCUACACACUGAUACUUUCUAGGAAGUCAGUUUAGUUUUGUGCUAAAAAUAUCUAAUCACUACACUACCUUUUAAGUAAAAGAAGUGCAUUUAUAUGAAAUGAUGAAAUUUUUGUAUUUAUUCAAUAGUUUAUCGUUUGUAAAAUAGAUUAAAAUAUUUAUUUUCAGAUGUUGCAUAAUUCCUUUUUGGAAGAAUAACAAUAUUUGACUUAAUAGAAAAGUAAUCUACUGUUUUUAAGAGAACUGUAUAAUUAUCUCGGUUGAUGUGUGGUUCACUGACCAUCUCCAUCUCACCUGUGAACAGGUAUUUCUGUCCUGGUGUGGGAGGUAAGGAGACAAUUUACACCUGCAGUGUGCUCAUGCUCACAGACAGCCCUCUUUCAGGUUUUAUGCCUUGGCAAGGAAGAGAUGUGACAAUGAGUGCACAGUUCAGCACUCAUUUACAAGCAGAGUUUUGUCUGACAAGCUAUGCAUAUUAGAAUACCCUAAAGUGAACACCCAAGACAAGUUGUUUUUCUUCUCUGUGUAGUCCUUCUUUGCCCCAGCUUUAAUUUUGCAUGCCCUUUUAAACUUCAGUCUUUUCAUUUAUGUUAAUCAUAAAAAGGUUAUUUAACAAUGAAUUCUGAGCAUUCAUACUUGAUCCAAAAUGUGUGUGUUAAUUCAUGCAGAAGGAACCAAUUUUUUUUUUAACCCUCUGUAUAAAUGUUACUUGAUCAGUGAUGUGCACUAAUCUGUUGUGGGCAUUCAGUGCUUUUGUCUGUCCUCCCCUUUGCUUGUUUGCUAUUGACACAUUCCAUGGAUAUUCAUCAGUGUCACAGCAGCUUGAAAUUGUUGCCUCACUCUUAACUGUUAAACAGGUUUUGUUGGGAAAAAAUGUACAAAAAGAUGUAAGUUAUUUUUUUGGUUGCAGUGUAGAUCUUUUAAAAUGUUUUAAAAAACCUGUUUGUAUUUUCAAAUAAAGAUUUUCAUACAUGUAA